UAUGUACUUGUGGUUGUGGUGGGGAACUAGCAUAUAAAGUCCAGUUGGUUUAUUUCCAUCUCAUUCCAGGAUUUAGUGUAGUUAUGAAAGAAAGUGAAACAAGUUUCUAAAUAAGUAACAAACAUGGAAAACAAAUAUGUACCUGACGAUUUACAAAAUAUGUGUAGGUUAUGUUUAUCUACCAGUUCAUUAGUUAGUAUUUUCGACCACCGAUUGCAGCCUAAAGAAAACAUGGCAGAAGUGAUAAAAGUAACCACUGGAGUUGAGAUAUCACCAGAUGAUGAAAUAUCCCAUAUGCUCUGCGAUAAAUGUUUCCAUGUCACGAUAAAGAUGUUCAAAUUCCGAAGGAUUUCCGUAUUGAACGAUAUGGAACUGAAAGAAAAGCGUGCCGCAAAAAGGAAGCUCAUGCACAAAUCAGUGAGAACACUCCUUAGUAAAUAUCCAAAGCUGAUCAUACCCACUGAAAUACUUGGGAACAACUUGUCCCCGGUGGUUGUCCUGGAAAAAAAGCUGACCAAGCUUCUCGCAGAGGAGUUCGAGGGUCUCCCAACAUCUAGUACGACUUGUUCAGAAGAACAACGUCAAGAUUCACCGUGCGAGAUCAAAGAUGAACUCGACCUGACCCUUGUUGAAGCGGAAAACCCUGAACCAACUAACCGAAAACGAAGCAUGAGUGUUGAGCCGCCAUCGGCGAAGAAACCAAGACUCGACUCUUCACUCGCGCCCGUAAACGAGGACCUGGAACCACCACUCUUCACCGUGACAUCGGUUUCCCAACUGAACUACGUCUGUGAUCUCUGCGGCGCCAUUUUACAGAACAACAAGAGGCUGAAAAGGCACAGAAGCUUACACAUGAGGUGCAACCUCUGCAAGACACAAUUCACGUCCAUGACCCAAGCCAAAGAACACGAGAAUGUAUGCGCCAUUAAAGAAAUUUUGACGAAUCUGCCAAAAGUCCUUUUGAAGCGUUGCGAUAAGGUUACAGAAAUCACAGAGAAAUACCCUGCUGCCUUCGGAUUACUAAAUGUUGUCGAGAUUUCUGAUGACGAAGACUCGGAUAGUGUUAUAGAAGUCCCAUUGAGUCUACCUCCCAUAACACAAUAUUCUCCUAAAACGUCUGAAAGUGCUAAGACUAACGACACACUAUCGCCUGUUUCAAAAGACCCACUAAACUCUGAUAAAUCAAGAACUGAACAUCUUGGGGUGUUUUCGAUCAAAACCUCUACUAAACUGACACCUGAGAAACAGGCAAGUGUAUCAAAUCUAGAUGAACAUAUUACUUCAAAAGUGUCCACAAGCAAGGAAGCCAGAAGUAAGUCACUUUCUGGAAAGUCCAAGACGAUAGAAUCUUUGGUUAAGUUUAGAAGAAAAUCAAUUUCUGGAAAGGCUCAUCCAAAGCCGGAUAAAAUAAUUUCCAGCGUAUCAGAAGCAGAUGCAUGUGGAAGGAUAAUUAUAACUGAUCAGUCUGAAAUAACUGAAGCACCUCCAAAAACCACCGCAGAAGAGUUUGACGGCAAAAACGUCUCAAAAGAAAUGACAAUAAAAUCAACAACGGUGCAGUCAAGAAAAAAAUCCACCUGUGAAAAGUCUGAAUUGGUCAAGGGCUCAAACGAACGACUUAUCAAUUCGAGUGUAUCUCCAAAAGAAUCGACAACAAAUAAGUCUGAUAAAAUACUUAACCUUCAAACGCCAAAGAAAAUUGACAAUCCAGAUAUAACCAAAUCCACGAUGAGCCCAGGCACUUCCUCACAAUAUUCCAUAAGUGAUAAGUCCAAGGAACCAAUACUUUUUACAAAAUCUAAGACAGCGAUCACAGAUACGCCCGAGAGGCUGGAUAUGUUGGGAGUGUACACAAAAAAAUCAGAAGCCAACCAGUCUAGUGGAAAAUCUGCCAGUGAAAAGGCCGAAGAGAUUAUAGAUUUGAUUGAAUUAAUCGAGUCUGGAAAUUCUAAGAGAAAGGCAAAUGAAGUUAAUGAUCCGAGAACUUCUGUAAGCAGCAUAUCUAGAAUAGUUUAUCCACCAAGCAGUGGCUGCAGAAGGCCGUUCGUGCCCGAAAAAUCUAAUAAGACGGUUAACAUUUAUCCAUGGUCUGCCAAAAAUACCUCAAUCGAAUCGGAAGCAGUGCAAUCAGCAUCAUCGUCGGCGAAUAAAUCAAACGAAACAUCCAUACCUGGGAAAUCGAAAGAACUAACGAAUACCGAUAAUUCUAAGAACAUAUCUGCAAGAAACAUUUUUUCCGAUAAAUCAAAAGAAAUGUCCACCUUUGGUUUUGAAGGUCCAGUUACCACGGUGAAGUCUGCAGGAGUUUCACAUUCCGGUAAAACGAAGACCACUGAGAAACCUGGAACAUCUUUUUUUGAAAAGUCCAAGGAACAGACAAACACUGAGAAGCGUGAGCUAACGCCAGCGAGAAUUAAAGUUUCUUCAAAAACAGCAACAAAAAGUGUUUCAAAAGGCACGUCCAAGCCUGUAACACCUGGAGGUUCUUUAAAAUCAAUUACCAAAGAAUCGAAACCUAAGUCCAUCUCUGAGAAACCUAAGGAAGUGACUACUACUGACAAAUCUACCAAAAUUUCUACAGGAACGUUACUAGUAGCAAUUCCAACUCCUGAGAAACCUAAAGAACUGACAACCAGUCAAAAGUCUAAGGGAAUAUCUGCAGGAAUAUCAGAAACUAAUAAGCCAAAAACCAUUGCAAAUUCAAAAGUUCCUUCAGAAUCAUCAACGAACAAUAAAUCAACUGCAAUACCAACUCCUGAAACACCCAGAAAACUGACAACUACUGAAAAUUCUAAAGAAAUAUCUGCAAGAAUAUCAGUAACCAAUAAGCCAAAAACAAUUAAAAAUCUAAAGGUUUCUCCAGAAUCAUCAGCGACCAAUGAAUCAUUAGCAAUUCCAGCUCCUGAGAAACCUAAAGCACUGACAACCAGUGAAAAUUCGAAGAAAAUAUCUGCAGGAAUAUCAAUCUAUGAGCCAAAAACAACUGAGCAUUCAAAAGUUUCUGUCGUAUCAACCAAUAAAUCAGGUCCAACUCCUGAAAACCCUAAAGAACUGUCAACCACUGAAAAGUCUAAGAAAGUAUCUGCAGGAAUAUCAGUAACCAAUAAGCCAGACGCAAUUGAACAUGCCAAAGUAUCACCCGGAUCAUCAACGACCAAUAGAUCAAUUGCUAUUCCAACUCCUGAGAAACUUAAAGGACCAACAACCACUGAAAUAUCUAAGGGGAUGUCUGCAGGAAUAUCAGUAACCAAUAACCCAAGUAUAACUGAAAAUUCCAAAUUUCCUCCAGGGUCAUCAACGACCAAAAAAUCAAUUGCAAUCCCAACUCCUGAGAAUCCUAAAGCAGUUACAACCACUAAAAAUUCUGAGGGAAUAUCUGCAGGAAUAUCGGUAACCAAUAAGCCAAAUACAAAUGAAAAUUUAAAGGUUUCUCCUGGAUCAUCAGCGACCCAUGAGUCAUCAACAAUUCAGGUUCCUGAGAAACCUAAAGUACUGAUAACCACUGAAAAGUCUAAGGAAAAUUCAGCAGGAAUAUCAAUAACCAAUAUGCCAAAAACAAUUGAACAUUCAAAAGAAGAUCCCGAAUCAUCAGUGACAAAUAAAUCAAUCGCAAUUCCAACUCCUGAGAAACCUAAAGAAUCGACCAACACUGAGAUGUCUAAAGUAAUUUCUGCGAGAAUAUCUGCAAUAAAUGAGCCGAAACCUGAAAAUUCAAAAGUUUCUUCGGGAUCAUCAACGAACAAUGAAUCAAAUUCAAUUCAAGCCCCUGAGAAACCCAAAGAACUAACAACUACUGAAAAAUCUCAGGCAAAGUCUGCAGGAAUAUCCGAUAAGUCGAAAACAAUUAAAAUUUCAAAAGUUUCUGCAGGAAUGUCAACAGUCAAAUUAGUGAAACUAGUUAUCAAGAAACCUGAAAAAUUUUCGAUAACUGAUGAGGCUAAAAAGACGUCCGAAAAAAUACAAAAGUCCAAAGACAUCGAGAAAGUUAAAAGCUCUUCAGAAUCAUCAACAACCAAUGUUACUAAAGAACUAUCCUCGACCGAAAGGUCUAAUCCUGGGGAAUCAUCCAUAGAAGUUCUGCCUUCUGGUGAAUCGAAAGGGAGUGAUGAAUCAUUGUCAACAAAUACAGAUAAGUCCGAUGGAAUGUCUAAACAAAAUCCUGCUCCCGAAGAACGUCUACUAAUGACUAUCAACGAGGUUGAGGGAACUAAUAAUUCAGGUGCAUCAAACGGUAAUAAAACAGAAGCAUUGGUCAUUUCUGAAACGAAUAGGAGAAUAACAGAUACAGAUGGAAACUCCGAAGGAACAUCCAAUAGUGAGAAAAGCACAGAAAUAAGACAAGUACCAGUUAAAGAGAAGGAAAAAGGCGAAACUCCAAGAAAGAAACAAAAGAGAAAGAAAAACUGCGAUGACAAUACAUCUGAGUUGAAGAAACUAAAAACAAACGAGGCUGAAAAAGAGUGCAUCAAUCGUACUGUUUCUCAACCAAAACCAUUCAAACCUAAUAUUGUAUUAGACGAUGAACUAGAAGCAAAUGCGGAUAGUGACGACGUUAGCUGUUUGAAUAACCUACUCAACAGAUUGAAGAACAAGAAAGAAAAAAAAGUUUCUGAAGCUCAAACAGAAAUUCCCACGAAUUGCAAAAUCGAGGCCACCAAAGACCAGAACUACUUGUUCGAAUUGAGAAAUCUGGCAAAUUACUUGAGCUUCUCAAAUAUCAAGGUGAACAUAGCCUAUGCCGAUUCCUACUCAGUAAAAUACACCUACGAGCCGUCAUACAUGAAGAAGUACAAAAUUAAAUAUCCCCAAAAAUCACGAUUGUUGAUCCCUUCUGAUGUUUCAAAGGAGAGGAAGAGAUUGGUUGAUUUUAGCGCUUCGAGAACAGCAUCCGACGAAUCACUGACAAAAUCCGGUAAGUCAACCACAACGUCAGAUAUACCGAAGACAAAUUCCGGUAUGCCAACAACAAAAUCAGAUAUACCGACGACAAAAUCUGUUUUUCCAAAGUUUAAACUGAUAAUACCUAAGGAUAGUUCGAAUAAAGAUGUUCACAAAUUGAAUCCUGCAAAAUCCGAUAUACCGACGACAAAAUCUCUUUCGUCAACAUCAGAAAUGAUACCUAAGGAUAGUUCGAACAAUGACACUCUCAAAUCGAACCCUGCCCACCACCAAGCUGUUCUAAUGAAUACUGCCAAAUCAAACCUAGUCAAUAGUAAUAAUUCUAGCACAUCGAACAAUCCUACUAUCACGAACAUCUUAAACCCCACCAUUUCGUCACAAUCUAAAACAAACAGACCCAAAAUUAUUCUUUAUCCAAGCAAUGUUGCUGCUCCUGGCCCAAGACAAAGAUGCAACCAAGGUUUGGUUGUAAAUCCACCAAUUGCCACCUCGAGCUCUAUCAAAUUAUCAAACAACAACCAAGGCCUUGUUAAUACUUCGCAAAAUAUUACCUGGACCUCUUGCAAUGUUCCAAACAAUAAGCAGUGUCUAGUAACAAACUCUCGAAAUGCUACCUCAACCUCUUGCAAUGUUCCGAAUAACAACCAAAGCCUCGUAACAAACUCUCGAAAUGCUACCUCAACCUCUUGCAAUGUUCAGAAUAACAACCAAAGCCUGGUAACAAACUGUCGAAAUGCUACCUCAACCUCUUGCAAUGUUCCGAAUAACAACCAAAGCCUCGUAACAAACUGUAGAAAUGCUACCUCAACCUCUUGCAAUGUUCCGAAUAACAACCAAAGCCUCGUAACAACUUCGCAAAGUAUGUCCUCUAUCAAUGUUCAAAACAAUUAUCAGUGCCUGAUGGAAAACCCGCAGAACAUUACCUCCACCCCAAACAAUCAGAAUCUGUUAACAACCUCUGCCCAGAUCGAUGUUCAAUCCAACCAACAAGGUCUGAUAACAAACCCGCAAAAUAUUACUUCCAGCCUUGUCAAUGUUCCCACCAUGCAAAUAACAAUGACGCAAAACAACAUCCAGAAUCCAUCUGAAUAUUUCAUAUUAAAUAAUACGACGAUGAACAACACCACAAACUUUUUUAAUGGCCUAGUGCCUUCCCCUUUGUAUCCAACAACAAAUCACGUGACACAAACACAGAACCAAACAUUUUACAACAAUUACACGGGGCAGUUGAUAUCUUUUCCUCAUAAUGUAUCCCAUCAAGUUUCUAGUGUUGCUGGGCCUCCUCGAUUUUCGAGAGUUAUGAUGCUGAACCAACCUCCGGCUGUGCCACAACAGUUUCAACAAAUGGAGGCUAGACCUUCUACAAGUGUUCGAUUCUCUCCCAUGACUCCACAGAUACCUCCUAAAGCAACUCAAACAGUGACUCAAAGCAAUCCACCAAGGAAUGAAGUUUUCACAGUUCCAAGGCCACCACGUCUAAAGCGAAUAACAAACGUCAAAACAGUGAAUAGUGAUAAAGUAACGGUGAAUAGUCAACAGCCUCAAUGUACUAGUUAUAUAAGAGUUAAAAAUUUAGCUGACCUUACAUAAGUUGGAACUUAUGAAUGUGUGAUCUUGUUUGAAAAUUCGAAUUUUGUUAAUGAUUAUCUGAUGUUUAAUUAUUACUCUCUCGUUACUAGUUAUAUACUUGUAUUUUCUCGGGUCCUUGAGAAUGUGCUAUUUCUGUAUAAAAAUUCACUUAAUAGCUAAAUUAGUUAUAUAUUUGAAGCCAUGUUGAGUUGAAUCAUGUAUCGACUGAUGUUAAUAUAUUUUUUUAAGGAAAUUCAUCAAUUUUUUUCGAUAAAGAAAUAAAAAUUAUGUGAUAUCCAAUUCAGAUAAUGCUAGUUUGAAAAUGUGUUAUUUCUGUAUGAAAAUUCUAAGUGGAAAUGCACACUAAAAGUUUAAGAAGUUGUUUAUAGUAAUUGUAUUGACUGAUGUAAAUAUAUUUUCCCAAUUGAAGUUUAA